AUGGACAGUAUAAAAACCUCAUUAAAGUAUGAGGAGUCUUUGACUCUUCCCCACCUGCUACAGCAAGUAGACGUGGCCACAAAGAUGAACUGGAGCUGCCCCAUCUGUCACAAUGCUCGGAAUGAUGUGGCUUCUGCUCUGCCUUGCCGUGACCAGUUCUGCCUGGGCUGCAUCCUGCGGUGGGCAAAAGCAAAUCCAUGGUGCCCGCUCUGCAACAGACCUAUAGAGAUUGUCAGGUUUUCUGAGCGGAGUGAACGGGACUAUCUACAGUUCGCCAUCACAGCCCUGGAAGAGACAAGAGAGAACAGUAGCCCAGCAGGGAGUGCUCCUUUCCAGCUGGCUGAAAACAGUUCUGAUGACUCUGUGGUGUCCCCUCUGUCUUCACCACAGGGGACACUGUCUCCAGCUGAGCAGAGGUCUGCAGGGCCAGAGUUCAUGGGUGGCCUCCUGCCUGAGGUCUGGGCAGAACUUUUCCGUAGGCGACAGCAACUGCUGGACCCUGUGCUGCCCUGGCUGCGCCGGAGGCUGGCAGCAGUCUAUCAGGACCAGUGGUGGCGAGCAGAGGCUGCAGAGGGCUCCAUCCUGCAUGGCCUCUGCGUCUGCGGUCCAGAUGCAGAGGUCUUGGUCGAGGUGCUGGAACCUCUCCUCAACGGGCACACAGCAUCGCUUAUCCAUGGCACCAUUGAUGUCAUUUCAAGCCAGUGCAGUGAGGAGGCCCAGAGGCUGCUGUGCUUCUAUCAUGCCAGCACCACCUCCAGCAGCUCCAGCUGCACUAGCUCCUGGAAGGUGACUCUUGCCAGUGGCCCCACAGGUUCUGAUGUGGAGGAGGAAGCUGCUACAUCAGAGACCAACCUUCAAGGGAGUCCCAGCUGCCCUCCAUCCAUGUCCAUGCGCUCAGAGCAGGACCAGCCCCAGGAGGAGCCAGGGCGGGUGGUGGUGGUGCCUGGUCCAUCUGGUCAGGGCUGCAGCCUCUCUGUUCCUGACCAGGGCAGGAACCGCUCACCUGGAAAGCCCCGGCGUGGCCGAAAGAGGAGAGCCUCCAGACUCCAGAAUUCCUCCCAGCCUACCAAGAGGCCACCCCGCCAGCGGCACUAGCGGGGCUCCAGGAACUCUUCAGCCAAGAAAAAGGAAAUAAAUUGCUAUUUCCCUGA